UUCUUCAAUAUUAUAUAUGUGGUCCCGAGGAUUGAGAAAUUUAAUAAAAAAUUAAAAAAAAAAUAUAUCAGCUUUUUCACAAAUAGCAAAUUGGUGAUAUCAUUCAAAAGUGUUGGGACGUUUGAUAAGACGUUGUAGUUGUAUUGCUCAACUGUGAGUCAAUAAAUAACAUUCAUCUCUUUCAUUGAAGCUGCGAAAUAAUUAAAACAUUGUCAUUUCAAGAUGACUGCAACGAUUGUGAAGGUUUUAAGAAAAACGAGAAUAAUGAAUAUGGUCAUCCCCAUAACAUUUUUCACGUCGGGUCUAUUUAUAAAUUUAGCACAAUUACUUUUGACAUUAUUUAUAAAGCCUAUAAAUAAACGCCUCUGCCGAAAAAUCAUGUACUACCUCUGCUAUUCACUAUAUUCACAAUUGGUUUUUGUUGCGGAUUGGUGGUCGAGUAGUACAAUGAAAGUAUAUAUGGAUGCCGAAGAUGAGAAAAAAUAUGCUGGCAAUGAGCAUGUACUUCUUGUAAUGAACCAUAGCUAUGAAAUUGAUUGGCUAGCUGGUUGGAUGUUUACAGAAAAGGUCGGUGUGUUGGGCAAUUGUAAAGCGUAUGCAAAAAAAGUUAUUUCAUAUGUGCCAGUAAUUGGUUGGGCGUGGAAAUUCGCAGAAUUUGUAUUUUUAGAACGCUCUUUUGAUAAAGAUAAAGAAAUCAUAUCGCGACAAAUUAAAGAAGUAUAUGAUUAUCCCGAUCCAACGUGGUUACUUUUAAGUGCUGAAGGCACACGGUUUACACCUAAAAAACAUGAGGCCUCUGUUAAAUUCGCAAUAAAUCGUGGCAUGCCAGUGUUAAAACAUCAUUUAAUACCACGCACAAAAGGUUUCACUGCCAGUUUAGAAAGUUUACGCAAUGGUUGUCCUGCAAUUUAUGAUAUUAAUCUGGUAUUUAAAAAGGAUGCAAAAGUUUCUCCUACUAUGUCAAGCCUUUUAAAUGGUCAAUCUGUAGAAGGAUAUAUGUUUGUUCGCCGCCUUCCAGUAAAAGAUAUACCUGUUGGUGAGGAACAAUCAGCAGAAUGGCUACAAAAUCUUUACAGAGAAAAGGAUAAAAUUCUAGAUAGUUUUCACACAACUGGUAGCUUCUUCAAAACAUCAGGUUUCAAGGAAACUGAAUUUAAAUACUAUAAACGAAGACUCAGUACUUUGCUUAAUUUUGUUGGUUGGGCGAUUGUAUCUAUGUAUUUGGUGAUACAUUAUAUUGUUACAGCACUGUUAUUGAAGAACUGGAUUGGAUUAUCAGUUGUAUUUGGCAUACUAUUAAUAUUUUAUUUACUUAUGGAGAAAGCGAUCAAUAUGUCGAAGAUGAGCAAAGCAUCAAAUUAUGGCGCUGAAGCUAAAACGAACUCAAACUAAAUAUGAACUGAUGCGCACAAUAAUGUUUACAUUGUACCCUUUGCAUGUGCCACUAAUUUGUAUCGCACCACACAAUGUAUCAUGCAAAUCACACAAUAUUAAAAA